GGGGGACUCCGCAAUGGGGGAGGCUGACAUCUGUCGCUGUGCUCCUCAGAGACUCCCGGUGGAUCAUGUUGCCGGGCCUUUCUAUUCACGGCUGGACUGCUGCCAUCUGCGUCCUAACUGACGCACAAUGACCGCUCGGGGCCUUUAUAAAGACGGAGACAAACGACAGAGGGCCAGUGUGGACAAGUACUGCAGAGCGAAUAGGGCGCACUGCGAUUAGACACGCCUCAUUCCAAUUUCUGGCCUCAACUUUAACAGCAAAAUCUUAUUGAGGUUGUUUAUAACGCGUCGAGUGUGCUUCCUGACAGUAACCAUGCCAAAGGGUUUCCUUAUAAAACGUUCUAAAAAGGCUGGUCCUGUUUCAUACAGGAUACGCGAGGAGGACUUGGCGCUGGACGCCAACUGCUCUUCGCUGGUCGAGAAUGCCCCGGCUCAUGCACUGCCUUCCGUGUGCCACAACUUUAUCAGAGUUCCCAGCCGGGGUAUUUUCGGUGGAAUUCCAGAGUCUCACUGUGCGCCUUCACUGAGCCCGACCCGGCCUGACAGCGAGGGAUAUCAAUACACACCCGUGGACGCCGCUCAUCAAAUGCUAAGCUCUCUUUCUUCUGCUCCAGCAGAUACCUGCCCCGAGGCAAAUUUGGGAAGUUUCACCAUUGAUGGUUCCCCAGUGUCGUCGUCUCUUCAGGAGAUGACCACCAGACUGGACACCAUGUGCGGGAAUGCUAAAUAUGCAGCAGUGAAGCGGCCUGCCACCUCCAAUGCUAAAUCUCCCCAUACUAAUUCUAAAAAGCGCAAGUCCUCAAGCUCCCAAAACCAAGAGAAGAAGUCCAGCCACCGGGAUGAGGUAACCACAUCUCCCGUCCUCGGAUUGCGCAUUACAGAGGAGGCAGAUGAUGAGGUGAAGCAACGCUCCAACACCAGCAUUCCGCUUGGAGAAUUCAUCUGUCAGCUUUGCAAGGAGCGGUAUGCAGACCCUCUCACUUUGGCCUUCCACAUGUGCUCUCGCAUCGUCCGAAUCGAAUAUCGCUGCGACGAGUGUGACAAAGUUUUUAGUUGUCCCGCUAACCUGGCCUCCCACCGACGUUGGCACAAGCCAAAGGGUUUUCAAGUGGAGAGAGUAUCAUCACAGAGAGAGGAGAGCCGACCUGACACACCAACAGCCAGAGAGGCGCUCCCACCCUCCCCGCCACCCUCAGACUCGGGCUCUGAUGAAGAAAUGAUGUUCAGCUGCCCACAGUGCUCAAAGAAAUUCAGAAAACAAGCGUACCUGAGGAAACACUUGGCCUUGCACAAUAGGAAGGCAGCUAGUCAUCCUCAGAAUCAGUCUCAUUCGGCCAAAGACUCCGACCAACAACCCAGCAGCCUGCUCGAGUCCCGCCCAGAAACACCCGAGCCCUCCUCCAAAUACGCAGUGACUGAGUGCAUCACAAAGGUGACCGGAGAGGUGUUUCCGUGUCGAUUUUGUAGUGAAAAUGUAUUCUCCUCUUCUGGCCUCACCAGACACAUAAACAAAUAUCACCCAACAGAGAGCAGACAGGUCAUUGUUUUGUCUCAAACGAUUUAAUAACAUCAGACUGUUUGUUUCGGGCAUUAUGACUGAAUUCCAUGUUUGGACAGAGUUCUUUUAAACAAUUGUUGUGAAAUCAGAAAUAUUUCUCCUGAAUAGUUGGCAAUAGUUUUGUGUAAAUUAGUUUUGUUUUCUACAAAGUUAUAUUUAUCUAUCUAUCUAAUCAAUUAUUUAUUUGAAAUUUAUUUAUUUGUUUAUUUAAUAAUGUAUGUGUUUGUUUAUUUAUCUGCCCACAUUUGUAUUAAUCAUGUUGCUUUUGACUGUGAUGAUUUGCGUAAUGAUAAAAACGCUAUUUCGCAUUGCCUCUAAUUACCUCUGACCAAAUUAAUGUCAUAUUUUUCGUUGAAACAAUAUUACCAGGCCAACUUCUUCCUAAAAUAAUAAAGGGAGUAUAAAUC